GCUUUUGAUGUUUUGUUUUCCUUAAUAGAUGGGGGAACUAAAGAAGCUAGUGGAAGAAGGUAAAAUUAAAUACGUUGGAUUAUCAGAGGCAUCAGCAUCCACCAUUAGAAGAGCUCACGCCGUGCAUCCAAUUACUGCGGUACAACUGGAAUGGUCCUUGCAGUCAAGAGAUGUAGAAGAAGAAAUUAUUCCCACUUGCAGAGAACUUGGGAUAGGGAUUGUUGCAUAUAGUCCUCUAGGACGUGGUUUUUUCUCACAUGGUCCAAAUAUGUUGGAGAAGUUGGAAGAAAGUGACGCCCGUAAGUACUUGCCAAGGUUGCAACCUGAAAAUCUCGAACACAACAAGAUCAUGUAUGAGAGGAUUAAUGAGCUAGCGACAAAGAAAGGUUGCACAACCUCUCAGCUAGCAUUGGCAUGGGUUCUCCACCAAGGAAAUGAUGUUGUGCCCAUUCCAGGUACCACCAAGAUUCAAAAUUUUGAACACAACAUUGGAGCUUUAUCUGUUAAGCUAACACCAGAAGAUAUGGCUGAACUUGAGUCUAUUGCAUCACCUGAUUCAAUCAAGGGGGAUCGAUAUGGUGCUGGUUUUAAAACAUAUAAGGACUCAGAGACUCUUCUAUUAUCGGCCUGGAAAGCUUAAUCAACUAUACGAGUGUUUUGUUUAUUCGUGUGCUCCUGUACACAGAAUACAUAUUCGUUUUCUUUUAAGAAAUGUCUUUUAGUUUUUAAAGCUUCGUUGCACUUGAUCAGCGUUUACUUUACUAUUGCAUGUAAUUUUGAGAAGAAUAAAUAAAGUCAUUUUUUUGUUU